UCAGUUUAUCACUUGAUGACAUUUCAGAUGAAAUUACAGAAGAAAAAGGAAAAACCUUCCACUUUAAAAUUUGAGAGCAAUAGGAAAAGUUUAACAGGAGAGUCAAGAUUUCCAGACAGAGUGUUGUUUGUCAAGAAUGAUUAUGCAAGACUUGGAGAAUCAUAUGCUACUGGAGACCUCAAUUUUGAUGGUAAACCAGAUUUAGUUAUCACAGCCCCAGGAUAUGGAACUGUUGGUAGCCCACAGGAGGGUCGAGUCUACAUAAUAUAUGGAGAUGACAAUGGUAUUCCAGAGACCUUAAAUCCUGACCUUGACAGUCUUGAAUCAACAGGUCAAGGUCAGAUCCUUAAAGGAUGGGGAACAGCACAGUCUAGGUUUGGUACAUCAGUUGCUGUUAUGGACAUCAACUUAGAUGGGGCAGACGAUAUAGCCAUUGGUGCACCUGCUUUUGUAGGUUUGGAUGAAAGUCCACUUCAGUAUAAGGGUUACGUACUCAUUUACUUUGGUCUUCCAAAGAAGAAGAUUGUUGCUAACGGCGCUGCCAAUAUAACCAUAGUUUGUCAAAAGUUUCAGUAUUGCAAUCUGGGGUUCUCAAUGGCAGCUGGAGAUGUAAAUAAUGAUGGAUAUCGAGAUCUUGUGAUAGGAACCCCUUUUGCACCUGGAGGGGGAGAACAGAGGGGAUUUGUUGCUGCACUGUUUGCUGAUGUUUUUAAUUUUGGUUAUACUUAUAAAGAUGUAAGUGAAUUGCACUGGGGAAUAAACGGAAAUCAGAGCUAUGGAUGGUUUGGCUAUGAUAUGACAUUUGGCACUUGGAACAACCAGAACGUUAUGUUUGUCUCACAACCGGAAUUUCGUUAUUGUUACAGACCUAACUGCUCUUAUACCUCAGAUGAAGACAUUCAGAGUGUCGGACAGAUCAAUGCAUUUUACGGAACUAACCUGACACAGAACUGGACGGCAUAUGGUUAUUCACGUUUUUCAGAAAAUGGUUGGAGUGCAGAUAUUGGUUCACCAUACCCUGACAAAAAUGAACAGGUUAUAGCAGUUAGUCAGCUUGGUGAGGAAGUCAGUGGUUCAAUCGCAGGCAGACAUUCAGAAUUUAAGCAGGCCGGGGUUGUAGGGCUGUUUAACACAACAGCAGGACGGUUACCUAGUACCAAAUCGCCAACAGCUGAUCAUGUAAUAGAAGGAGACAGAUCGUAUGAAAGAUUCGGCUACAAAGUUAAGUUUUGGGAUGUCAACAAUGAUACAAUGAGUGACCUAUUUAUUGGAGCUCCAUUUAGGACGGAGGAUUUCACGGAAGAAUUAUUUGACGCUGAGCAAGGCCAGGUGUAUAUUUAUACAGGUGGUGAAAAUUUUCCGUUCAAGGUCGACUGUGGAAACUCACUAAUUUAUCCAUGUCCAAGACUGCAGGCUGAUUAUGUUCUUCAGUGGACUGGCUUAAAGGAGAAAACAAGAUUUGGGACAAAUUUUGCCUUUUUAAAUUCAACAAACAAAAGACAAGUCUUUGUUACAGCCCAGCAUGCUAGUGACUAUGCAAGACUGGGAGGUGCUGUUGGCGUCUUUGAUUUCUGAGAAAAAUGAUACAUAUAAAGUAAUUGUUUCUAACAUCAGAUUGCUGUUUUACACUGUAAAGCCGGCAGAUAUUUGGAGAGAUUUAGAAAAAAACAACACUUUCUCAUUAUAAAGAAAGAAUAAUAAAGGGAAAGAAAAUUGCGCUUUAAGAAUGUGCAAUCUAUGAAGUAAUAAUUAAAAUGCGUUGCAAUAAAACUGUAUGACCACAUGAAUUGCAUUUGGUAUUAAUUGGUGUAAAGUUUUACAUUGGUUUAAGAGGUAUUGUAUUGAUUUCAAGUAAUCAUAUCAUUCAAGUUUAUCCUAUUUUCUAUGUUGUUGAAAAUAUUGCAUAAUACUUAUGCCUGAAUCUGGCUUACAUGCUACUUACAAGUAAUCAAAAAAUACUUUUUAGCUGAGUAUUCCGAGCUAUUCUACUCACCCUGGUGUUUGCAUCAGCGUCGGCAUCAAACCUUGGUUUAAGUUUUGCAUGCAAUUAAAUACAGCUGUCAUUUAAAGGCAUAUAGCUUUGAAACUUAUCUUUUCUUUUUCUAGCUCAAUUACCAACCUCACUGGGUCAAGUCCCAUAACUCUGACAUGUAAUUUGGCCAAAUUAUGCCCCCUUUUGGACAUAGAAAAUCCUGGUUAAAGUUUUGCAUGCAUGUUACUGUCUCCAAAACUAAUGUAGAUAUUCAAUUGAAACUUCACAUGUGUCUUUGGGGUUAUAAAACUAGGUGACAAUAUCAAGUCCCAUAACUUUGACAUGCAUUUUUACCAAAUUAUGUCCCCUUUUGGACACAGAAAAUCCUGGUUUAAGUUUUGCAUAUAACUUACUGUUUUCAAAACUAAUACAGAUACUAGAUUUACACUCUAUAGAAAGGUUGAUAUUCCUGCUUCUUGGACAACAAUUUGAAUAGUCGAGCAUUGGCUGUCUUACGGACAGCUCUUGUUCAUUGAUUAUGGUCUAUUUUGUAAUGUUUAUUGCAGAUGUUUUCAAUGUAAGCUACCUCAGAUAAUUUCUAAUAAGUCUCCUUUGACAGUCUCAUUUUGUAUUCUGCAAUGUUGCUCAUUUCAAUUAUAGUGAUUUAUUCUGUGCCACAUAUCAUGUGAUAUUUUGUACAACCUAUUGGGUUUGCUGGAGAGUUUGACAAAGUCAUUGUGCCUAUAUUGUUUGUUAAGAUUUUAGCUCACCUAAGCACAAAAUGCUCAAGGUGAGCUAUUGUGGUCACCCUGUAUUCAUUGUUGUCUGUCAUCGACAGUUUGACUUUUAGCAGUCUGGAGGUCACAAUUUUACCAAAAUUGUAAUGAAACUUGGUCAGAAUAUCACCCUCAAAAACAUCUUGAAAAAGUUUGUUAUUGGGUCAUCUUGGGCUUAGAAUUAGGUCACUAGGUCAAUUCAAUAGAAAAAAACUUGUUUAAAUGUAGAGAUCACAUUUUCUGCCUCACCACAAUACUUGUCAGAAUGUUUGCCCCUAUGAAAUCCAGGAAAUAUUCAAAACUGGAUUACCUGUGGUCAAAAACCAGUCCCCAGGUCAAAUCAUAGAAAAACGUUGUUAACUCUCUAGAGGCUGCAUUUUCUGUUUGACAUUGAUGAAACUUCGUCAGAAUAUUUGUGUCUAUGAACUCUAUUUCAAAUUAAAAACUGGAUUACCUGAGAUCAAAAACUACAUCACUAGGUCAAAUCAUAGAAAAACGUUGUUAUCACUCUGGAGGCCACAUUUUUUUGUGAUAUCUUCUUAAAACUUUGUCAAAAUGAUUGUCUCUAUGAAAUCUAGGUCAAGUGCAAAACUUGGUAACAUGAGAUGAGAAACUAGGUCACUUGUUCAAAUCGUGGAAAGACCUUUUUAAUAUUCUAGAGGCCACAUUUUGUACUUGAACUUCAUAAACCUUUGUUUUCCUCUAUAAAACCUAGGUCAAGUUCAAAAUUUGCUUACCCGAGGUCUUAAACAAGGUCACAAGGCAAGUCAUAGAAAAACAUUGUUCACACUCUGGAGGCCACAUUUAUUAUUUGAUCUUCAUCAAACUCUUUCAGAAUGUUUGUCUCUUUUAAAUCUAAGUCAAUAUUUUGUUGUGUUCGACAGCUUUGCCAAUACUGUUCAAAUUUGUUUUAAAACAGUAAAAAAAAAGAAAGUUGCAGUCCAUAAUUCGACACUUUCUGCUCCUUUGAUAUCACAGAGGCAAUAAAUAAAGUUCCAUUAGGGACGUGAGUGGUGUUGGUGGUGUUGCAAUUUCAUUACCUGUCAUGAACAGUUUAACGAAGUCUGUAUUGGUGUAUGUAAUUGCACUUUUAUACAUGUAUGUAUUAUAUUUAUUCAUUCGAAGCAAACUGAUAUUUUUCUUUUAAAUUGUGUAUCUUGUAAAUAAAUUUGUAUUUAUGAUUUUCAAAUUUUGUAUAUUUUGCAGUAUGUUGAAAUAUUAAAUAAAGUUAAAAUCUU